GUCCUUAUUCUGACAAGAAAGAACUCAAAGCUAUAAACGAUAUUUACCAUACUAUUAGUAAAUGGUACAUUAUCAUACUAGAACGCUACAAUAAUGGGUUAUUAGAUGAUAGAAAAUUCGAGAGCUUUUAUCAUUUGUAUGGUCAAGUAUCUAAAGUCAAAGAUAUUAGGAAAAGACUUGCUAAUGUACUUAGAAGUGAGGGAACGAGCUUACAAGAUUUAACUGUAUUUGUUCGAUAUAAAAUUAGAGAGAAUUAUAGUAAUAUACCUAAAUUCAAUUUUUCAUUUUCACCAUCGGUAUCAAAGUCCACAACGCUUUCAUAA